UCUCGGGCCGGCGUCUCUGGCGGGCGCAGCGAGGCGGCGGGGGCGGCGGGCGGCCCAGCGCUGCGGCCUGGUCCCGGCUCGGUCUUCGCCCGUCUCGGCUCCGGCGCUCCCAUGGGGCCAGCCCUUGGCGCCCAGGCGCUCUGAGGGAAUUUCUACGUGGUGUUGGGAAGAACAGUAUUGGGUCUGAGGCUCCCCGCUCACGGAAUCCUGGAAUCUAGGAGUGAACGUUGGGAUCUCACACCAUCAGAUCUGUCCCCAGGAGUAGUCGGUGGCUCUGCUUCCUGCCUGUGGUGACCCUGAGGUGACUUCUUAGAACAUUUCAGCUGCUGCUUCAAGGACACGCUGGCCUGCAUUACGUCUCUUAGCGGUCCAGCUCCCUGUGUGCAGAGGUGUGGAGAAACCAUGAACAGCUCCCGCAGUGAGGAGUUUGACUGCUACUUCCUCGAUGAGGGCUUCACAGCCAAGGACAUCUUGGACCAGAAGAUCAACGAGGUCUCAUCCUCCGAUGACAAGGACGCCUUCUAUGUCGCAGACCUGGGGGACAUUCUCAAGAAGCAUCUGCGCUGGCUGAAAGCUCUCCCUCGAGUCACCCCCUUCUAUGCAGUCAAGUGCAAUGACAGCAGAGCCAUUGUGAAGACCCUUGCCGCCAUCGGCACGGGAUUUGACUGUGCGAGCAAGACAGAGAUCCAGCUGGUGCAAAGUCUUGGGGUGCCCCCAGAGAGGAUCAUCUACGCCAACCCCUGCAAGCAGGUGUCGCAGAUCAAGUAUGCGGCCAGCAGCGGGGUCCAGAUGAUGACCUUUGACAGUGAGGUCGAGCUGCUGAAAGUGGCCCGGGCGCACCCAAAGGCCAAGCUGGUCUUACGGAUCGCCACCGACGAUUCCAAAGCUGUCUGUCGCCUCAGUGUGAAAUUUGGUGCCACACUCAAAACCAGCAGAGUCCUUUUGGAACGGGCAAAAGAGCUGAAUAUUGAUGUCAUCGGUGUCAGCUUCCAUGUGGGGAGCGGCUGCACUGACGCUGAGACCUUUGUGCAGGCUGUGUCGGACGCGCGCUGCAUCUUUGACAUGGGGGCUGAGGUUGGCUUCAGCAUGUAUCUGCUGGACAUCGGUGGGGGCUUUCCUGGAUCCGAGGACGUGAAGCUGAAAUUUGAAGAGAUCACCAGCGUGAUCAACCCUGCUCUGGACAAGUACUUCCCGGUGGACUCCGGGGUGCGCAUCAUCGCCGAGCCGGGCAGGUACUAUGUGGCGUCAGCCUUCACCCUCGCAGUGAACAUCAUCGCCAAGAAGCUGGUGUGGAGGGAGCAGGCCAGCUCUGACGAUGAGGAGGAGGCAAGCGAGCAGACCUUCAUGUACUACGUGAACGAUGGGGUCUAUGGCUCAUUCAACUGCAUCCUGUACGACCACGCACAUGUGAAGCCCCUGCUGCAGAAGAGACCCAAGCCUGAUGAGAAGUACUACUCAUCCAGCAUCUGGGGGCCCACGUGCGACGGCCUGGAUCGCAUCGUGGAGCGCUGUGACCUGCCCGAGGUGCACGUGGGCGACUGGAUGCUCUUUGAGAACAUGGGCGCCUACACCGUUGCCGCAGCCUCCACUUUCAACGGCUUCCAGAGGCCAACCAUCUACUACGUGAUGUCAAGACCAGCGUGGCAGCUCAUGCAGCGGGUCCAGAACCACGGCUUCCUGCCCGGUGUGGAGGAGCAGGACGUUGGCGCCCUGCCAGUGCCCUGCGCCUGCGAGAGCGAGAUGAAGCGGCACCCGGCAGCGCGCACUUCCGCCAGCAUCAAUGUGUAGACCGCCUGCCAUAGGUGUGGGCCCGAGGGCAGCUUGGCUGCGGGUUGGGACCGUUAAUUUAACUACUGCUAGUUCUGGGCAUUUGUAAGAGUAGAGUUGGCACAGGCACAGCCAGGAGACUAGGGGAAGGAGGGUCACACUUAUCUGUGUUCCUAUGGAAACUAUUUGAAUAUUUGUUUUAUAUGGAUUUUUAUUCACUUUCACACGCUACUAAAGAGGGCCCACAACUGCCCAGCAAGCGUUUGUAGCUUGUGCAGCGGCAGCAUGGGCCCAAAGCUUAGUGUUGUGACCUGUUUUGGAAAUAAAGCAUCUUAAGAGAAUUAUAGAAUUGGGAGAUACUUGCAGCCGGCUCACCCGGCCCUGUGGCAUCUGCUGGGAGCCUCACGGACCAGGCUUGUGCACCUGGGGGGUGCAGAGUGGACGAUGAUGAAGGUGACGAGGAAGAUGGCAGCCGGGCGGGGGCUGAGCCUCAGUGCACAGAGUCUGAUGAAGGUGACGAGGAAGAUGGCAGCCGGGCGGGGGCUGAGCCUCAGUGCGCAGAGUCUGCAGUCUUGUGACUGGGGCAGAGUUGCCCUGGCCGUGCCUGGCCUGUGGGAGUCACAUGGGCAUCCUCUAGAGCUCGCUGUCUGGGUUCGAGGCAUGUGGCAGUCCCCUGACUAAUAAACUUGGUGUCAGCAGUG